AUGGAUUCAAAGGCGACUGCUCAUGUCGAGCACAAGCUCGCAGUGCCAACCCAGCCGUUGGGGGAGAAUAUCAUCGGAAUCGAUGAUGAUGCUCUCCUGCGUAUGUCUGAGCAAAUCCCCGACUUCGCCAACAUUGUGGAACAGGCUCAUCGCGCAUCCAAUUUUGAGCAUAGCUUGACUAAUCGCGAGGCCUUCAAGGUCUUCCCGAAGGCCAUCGGAUUCUCGCUCGUCCUUUCUCUUGCUAUCAUCAUGGAGGGAUACGACACCUCUCUCCUCGGCUCGUUCUACGCCUAUCCGACCUUCCGCGAGAAAUUCGGAGUCCACAGCGAAGCAAAUGGCUAUCAGGUUACGUCAAACUGGCAGACUGGCCUGCAGAAUGGAACCAACGUUGGCCAGAUUUUCGGUCUAGUAUUUGCCGGUCUCAUUGCGGACCGCUUCGGCUACAAGAAGACUAUGCUCGGCGCGUUGGUUGCACUGACUUCCUUUAUUUUCCUCAUGUUUUUCGCCCAAAAUAUCAUCAUGCUACUUAUUGGUGAAAUCCUCUGUGGGAUCCCAUGGGGAGCCUUCCAAACGUUGACAACGACGUACGCCGCCGAAGUCAGUCCUAUUGUGCUUCGACCAUACCUGACAACUUACGUCAACCUUUGCUGGGUCACAGGACAGUUUAUCUCUGCCGGAAUCCUGCGCGGACUGUUGGGACGUACUGAUCAAUGGGGCUGGCGCAUUCCAUACGCAAUCCAAUGGGUGUGGCCUGUUCCAAUUAUCAUUGGUGUUUUAUUCGCACCGGAGUCUCCGUGGUGGCUCGUCCGAAAUGGUAGAACCGAAGAUGCAAAGCGAUCUCUCAAUCGCCUGUCCAGACCCGGAAUCUCAGAAUAUGAUACGACAGAUGCCGUUGCAUUGAUGAUCCUCACAAAUGCCAACGAAAAGCUCUCCCGGGAGGGUGUAUCAUACUGGGACUGUUUCAAGGGAGUCGAUUUCCGCCGCACAGAGAUCGUUUGCUGUGUCUGGAUGUGCCAAGUCUUCUGCGGUAUCUGGUACGGUGGCAACAUUGUCUAUUUUCUGCAACAAAUCAACUUCAGCAACGAGCAAGCCUUCAACUUCGGACUCGGAUUGAACGCCGUCGGCUGGUGUGGUACCAUCUGUUCUUGGUUCGUGAUGCAGCGAGUUGGACGCCGCAAAUUGUUCGUUACCGGUCUUGGUAUCUUGUUCUCCAUCCUGAUGAUGGUUGGAUUCCUCGGUAUCCCUAGUGGGAAGAAUACAGGAAUCAGCUACGCCUCGGCUGCUCUUUUGAUGGUUUUCGUCUUCACGUACGACCUGACCGUUGGACCUGUUACCUACUGUCUCAUUUCUGAGAUCCCGUCUACUCGUCUUCGAAUCAAGAGUACUGUUCUUGCUCGUAACUGCUACAAUGUCGCCAGUAUCGUUGCCAACUUCUUGAACCCGCCCAUUCUGAACCCUUUGGCUUGGAAUCUGAAGGGCAAGGGUGGGUUCAUCUGGGCACCUUUUUGUCUCAUAUGCUUUGUCUGGUCAUUCUUCCGUCUUCCAGAACCCAAGGGGCGAACACCGGCUGAAAUGGACAUUUUGUUCGAGAAGAAGGUUUCUGCUCGGAAUUUCACCAAGUUUGAGGUUACGCCAUUCCGAUCGGCUAAUUUUGAGGUUGUCAACGCACAUACGAUCUCCGAGAAGUAUUAG